AUGCCUGCUAAGGACGGGUACCGACCAGCCCCCACAGAUCCUGGUAGCCCUGGCCUGUCUGUGCAGCAAUUUCUUUUUUACUACAUACUGGGCAUUGACUUUAAACCUCGAAUAGGAACAUGGUUUGAUUUCAAGCUCUUCUUCAAUGGGUGCCCUGGAAUUGUAGCCUGGACUCUCCUUAACCUUUCCUGCACUGCCAAAGACCAGGAGCUGCAUGGCCAAGUGACAAACUCCACGAUCCUUGUCAAUGUGCUUCAGGUAAAUGCAGAGGAGGAAAUUAAGAAAGCAGUUUGGAAAUUAACUCCUAAUAAAGUAGACAAAAACCUCCUUCCAUGGAAAUUAAACUACAGUGACUGUUGUUUCUGUGCUCCCCAGGGUUUGUCUUUGGUUUCCCAGCCUGUCCAGCUGGGCACAGCCAAUGCCGUGGGGGUGUUGAUGUUGGGCUGGAUUGGCUACCACAUCUUCCGAGUGACCAAGCACCAGAAGGACCUUUUCUGUCGUACAGAUGGGAACUGCAGGAUCUGGGGGAAGAAACCCGAGGACAUCGAGUGCUCCUCCAUGUGUGUGGAUGGCACCAAGUAUUACAGCAAGUUGAUGACCUGGGGAUUUUGGGGGUGGGCUCGUCAUUGCAACUCUGCAGGAGACCUGCUGGGCUCACUGGCCUAUUGCCUGGCCUGUGGGUUUGCACACAUCUUGCCUUACUUCUGCAUUGUUUCUGUGACCAUUCUGCUCCCUCACCUCUGUGUUAGGGAGGAGCACUGUUGUUCCAGCAAAUAUGGGAAGGACUGGAAGCACUACACUGCUGCAGUGCCCUACCGGCUCAUCCCUGCGGUGUUUUAAGGCUGACACAGA